AUGGAUAUGUGGCAUCGUGGAAUGCAUUAUCAGUUGGGGUUCCUAACUAAGGAGGGGAGUGGCGCUGAGACGAGGUGGAAGGACAGCACGCUGCACAGCAUAGACGAUGCCACCAAUGCCGGCCUCGGAUCAUUCAUGGCGGCCAUGGGCUAUGACCUGGAUAGGUUGAAUGCGAGUCCUCCAGGUGGAGUAGAUGUUAAGAAGGGACAGUUUGUGCAAACUUUGUUGACGAAAGAGAAGGAAGGAGUACCUUGGAAAGAAUUCCAAGGCGGUGCGAAUCAUAGUAGUGUAGCUGAGUACUACAGUAGUAUCUAUGGUGCAGCACAGAGUGCUGGCAAAGGCAGUACUGAGGACAUUUGUACUAAGUACCCCCUAUUGGUACUCCACAUCCUGGCCAGUGGGUACUUCAGGGCAGGCAGUGCCGGGGCGAAGGGUAUCAUCCCGGCGCCGAAGGCGCCAUCUAGUGAUCCUAGGAAGCCUAGGACUAUCCGGGAAAUCCUCUACUGGCUAAGUGCAUUGCCCUAUAGUCAGGGAUACAAGGCACUGGUAGAGAGGAUGAAAGGGAAGUAUCCCCCAAAAGAUGGAGUACCAAAUGAAACAGUGGAUAAAAUAGAGAUUCAUGGACAAGGUAAUGGUGACAAGACAGACCUCAAGAAAGACUGUAUUACCCACUACCUACUGGCCGCCUGUGGCUACUGCCCACUGGUCCUCAUCGGUAUCCAGGGGACCAUAGCUACCAGUGGCAAUGGCACUGACAGUGCUCCUGCGACAGGUAGUGCUCCAGCUGCUGCUGGUGCUGACCAGAAUAAGUGUCCCAAGCAUAAGGAUAACCGUAAUAAGAGAUGUGAUCCUAAGGAUAUAGGAAAACAACAGGCAACGGGAGGUUCCGCCAACGGACAAGAACUCCAAGCCGGUCAAGUCUGCUACGGCGGGUACCACCUGGAAGUCUCCAAGUUUGGCCCCCUCCAUGGGAUGUAUGCCAAUGGGCUAUAUGGGUUUGACAUGGACCUUUCGGCCGCCCAGUGCCUGGACCAACUGAGGGUAUAUGUCUACCACUGCUUCUACCAACUCUAUUUCCUAAGGAAGCAGUGUGGUACGGGCGCGAUAGCGGCCGGAGGAGCAGGGGGAGCAGGAUCAGGAGUAGUGCUGGGAUGGAAGAGUUGUAGGUAUGGUAACGGUGUAAGUACCACGAGUGCUAACAAGUGGAUUUGUCAAGGUACGGGUAGCAAUGGAAAUGAACACAGCAAGAAUUGUGGAUUGCAGAAUGCAGCAGGUAGUGGUACUGGCUCAGGAUCACCACUGAUGGCAUUUCUGUGUGAUACAGUAACUGGGUUGCACUGUGGGAAAACGGUGGGAGUAGAUCUGGGUAGCGGUAAACAGGGUUAUCCCGAAAUAGACGAACACAUGAACUGUCCAGCAGGAACCCUUGGCCACUUUGGCGGUCCUCCAAAUCACUGUCCCGUACCAAUGGGUUGGAGCAAGGAUAUCACAGGAAGUGGCGCCAAUAGGGCAAACCACUUCAAAGAUUUAACCAAGACGCACAAGACAGCGGAACUAGAGCCUAAAGGCCAGCAAAACAACACUUACCCUGCUCACUGCACUGGGAAGACACUGGCACAUCUCCUGGAGUACUACUGUGACCCCGAAAAGUGCCAUGGCACCCUAGUGGUACUCCUGAGACUACUGGCAUGUAUCACUCCCACGGUGCCACGGACUCUGGGUGACCUCUUUGGGUUCUAUUACUAUGUAGUCUAUAUUGGGGGAGAGAGUGCCAGUGGUGGUGGACAACAGGAAAGUGAAGUGAGGAAGAAAUUGAAAGAUAUAGAAAAAGCGGUGUCUCUCAAUAUGGGCCGUGUUAAUUAUACUGAUGGAGUCCUACAGGCAGUAAACAAGUGGAGUGUUGGAGAUUGUAGUCAGCCUAGCAGCCACAGCACUGCUGAAGCCUCCCUAAAAACCCUAUUUGGAUGUGCUAAAGGCACCGACAAGUGCUGUCCAUACCUCUCUCCUCUUAGUGGCCAGCAGUAUGGCCAGUUGAGUCCCUUGAUGGCCGGGACCUACCUGUCAUGGUUGGUCUAUUUGAUAGGGGAGUUCAAAGAUGGGUUGGGAGAGUUAGAGAAGGCGUUCAAAGGGAUUGAAUGUAAGAAUUCAGAUUGUAAGGGUCAGGGAGCUGUUGGAUGUGGUGGUAGUGGACAGUGCCGAGCAGGAACCCAUGGAGAUACGUGCCCUGCAGCUGGAGGAUCCGGAUCGGCUGGUAGUGCGGUGGCUGGUAAAGGUGGUAGUGGUGUUGCUAAUCAGGGAGUCUGUGGGUGCGACUCCGUCGUAUCAUGUACCGGGGUACUACCGGUAUUGUACAAGUAUGGCUUUGGGUAUGGUAAUGUAGCGGAGCUGCACAAAGAGUGUAUUGCUUGGAUUUUCGUAGCAAUGUUGGUAAGGUAUCCAUAGAGUUAUAA